UCGGGACCCGACGGCGUCGCGGAAGGAGAGGCCGGCGCUGGGGAGCAGCUGAGGAAGCGUGUGCGACGGCCUCCCGGCCUGGGGCAAGUGCCACAUACCCCGGAUUCUGUGCAGACCGCCCAGCAGUCUGCUAGGACCUUUGCCUCAGUUAGCGAACUUUUCAGCAGAUCAAUGGCCUCCUGGAAGAAGAAACUUCAGGGCCUUGUUGCUGCCACCCUCACGCCAAUGACUGAGAAUGGAGAUAUCAACUUUUCAGUAAUUGGUCAGUAUGUGGAUUAUCUUGUGAAAGAACAGGGAGUGAAGAAUGUUUUUGUGAACGGCACUACAGGAGAAGGCCUAUCCCUGAGCAUCUCUGAACGUCGCCAGGUUGCAGAGGAGUGGGUGACACAAGGGAGAAACAAGUUGGACCAGGUGGUGAUUCAUGUAGGAGCACUGAGUUUGAAGGAGUCACAAGAACUGGCCCAACAUGCAGCAGAAAUAGGAGCUGAUGGCAUUGCUGUCAUUGCACCUUUCUUUUUCAAGCCAUGGAACAAAGAUAUCCUGAUUAAUUUUCUAAGGGAAGUGGCUGCUGCUGCCCCUACAUUGCCAUUUUAUUACUAUCACAUUCCUGCCUUGACAGGGGUAAAAAUUCGUGCUGAGGAGUUGUUGGAUGGGAUUCAGGAUAAGAUCCCCACCUUCCAAGGUCUGAAAUUCAGUGACACGGACCUCUUAGACUUUGGGCAGUGUGUUGAUCAGAAUCACCAGCGACAGUUUGCUCUGCUCUUUGGGGUGGAUGAACAACUGCUGAGUGGUCUGGUGAUGGGAGCAACUGGAGCAGUGGGCAGUACUUACAACUACCUGGGAAAAAAUACAAACCAGAUGUUGGAAGCCUUUGAACAGAAGGACUUCUCUUCAGCCCUGAACUAUCAGUUUUGUAUCCAGCAAUUUAUCAACUUUGUGGUCAAGCUAGGUUUUGGAGUGUCACAGACCAAAGCCAUCAUGACUCUGGUGUCUGGGAUUCCAAUGGGCCCACCCCGCCUUCCACUGCAGAAAGCUACCAGGGAGUUUACGGAUAGUGCUGAAGCUAAGCUAAAGAGCCUGGGUUUCUCUUUCACUGAUUUAAAGGAAGGAAACUUGGGAGACUGCAGCAAGGGCCUCUGAAAAUCAGGAUGUGUACAUUGAAAACUAAUGUGCCUUGAAUAACACAUUCUUUCCUCAGGGACUUUUGUAGAUGAAUCUUGAAUCAAUCAACAAGUAUUUAAACAUUUUAACUAUCAGCCUUAAAUUCCUUACUUUGUGAAAGGGCAAAAGAAUCUAAAAGGAAUCAUGGACCCUAUGCUUUCAUUUCACAAUAAUUUUAUGGAGAAAUUUCUGUUUAUUAUCAGUGAAGUGGAGUUGUGGGGAAAAUUAUAACUGAUUAAUUCCAUCUGCAUUUGAGAACUCCCCUAAUCUUGAUUUCUGGUUAUUAAUCUUUAUUUUAAGGUUUCCUAACUUUAAACCACCAUAAUGUACUGUCAUUUUAAUAAAUAUUCAUGUGGAAUCCAGGAAAA